GACUCAUGUCAUCUUAGUUGGAUCUGCGGCACUUCUAAAGACCGGGUCCCGAGGAGACACUGAAAGACCCCCUAGGUCGUACGAUCCAGCUUGGAUUUGGACUUUACUGGAUAAAUGAUCACCUCAACCAGAAGAUUGUCUCCGGAUAAAUCUGAAGUUAGAAUCGCCUUUAGCCUUGAUGACACGCCAGAUGUCAAAGAUGUGGAGGACCUUUCACAUACCUUCCCGGAUCUUGAACAACGUUUACAGCCAGUGCUGCCUUGCAUGUCUCUGAAGGAGAGCGUCCAGGUGUACAAGGAACACUGUAGGAUGGCGAGGGAGUUCCACCAGGUCAAACAUGAGAUCGCUGUCCUCGAGGAUUGCAAACGUAAGCUGCUGGCAGAGCGGGUUGAGGAUGAGAAGGUUGCCAUGGAAAUCGUCCGCCUGGAAGAGGAGUUUCGACGCCUGACAGAAGAGAACCGCGCUUUGGUGAUGGUUCACAGAGAGCGCACUCAGCAGCUGGACAGACUCUGCCGGACUGAUCGAACAAGGCAAGACUCCUUAUGACCUCUGACCUCUCCAAACCAGAGACCACCAGACUUCCAGGUGACACUAGGCCAGCCACCAGAAAUAAAAGAGCCCUCUGUACAGUGUGAAUCAGCUAAUUACACAUAAAGGAGCUGUGUUUGUUCAUAGUCUGAUUCAUUUCAUGAGCCACUGACUUGUGA